CUCUCUCUCUGCUCGUCUCGUCGCCCACUCCCACCACUUCCCCUCCCCUUUCAGGAAAAACCCCAACUCCAACCAGUCUUAACUCAAGCUCCACUCAACCCCAGCCUCAUCAAACCCUAACCCCAGCGUGUCCCCAAUGGCGACCCUCCGCGCGCGCAAGCGGGGGCGGGGCGGCGCCGGCGCCGGCGCGGCGGCGGUGCUCGGGGCGCUCGGGCUCGGGGGCUUCGCGGGGCUCGACCUCCACCGCGCGGCGCCCGCGGGCGAGGCCGAGCUCGAGCAGCUCGCCGCGGCGUACGACCGCGCCUCGGGCCGCAUUUCCGUCUCCAUCCGCGGCGCGGGCGUCUCCGCCUCGCCCGCGGACCUCGCGGCCGCCCUCGGGCUGCCGCUCGGCCCGGCCGCGCUGGGCCCCGAGGUGGACGCGUCCGUGUUCCGCUCCGAGGAGGCGAUCGCCGCCGCGAGGGGGUUCCUCCGCGAUCGCGUGCUGCUGGGAGGCGGUGGUGGUGGUGGCCGGGAGUUGCCGGGGGAGGCUGCGGUGGCGCUGCGGCUGGUGGAGGAGGGGAAGGCUUACGCGGUGGAUUGGUGCCGGUUGUUUUGGGAGUUGCUGAAGAUGGAUUUGGUGAGCGGGAAGCCACGGCGCUACGCGCCGCACCUCCUCCGUCUGAUCGAGUACCAAAGGCCCGAGCUUUUCGCCGAGGUUGAUGGGAGUUCGCCUCUUGGGAAAAGAAGGAAAAGCGCGGCGUUUUCGCGGCAAUGCCAGUGGGAAGAUGAAAAGGAGACGGACUUGAUUGACGCAGAGUGUGGAGAUUCUCGUACCCAGGCGGCUGAAGCAGAGGUGGAGAGGAGCAGCCAGAGCAUUGGAGACUUGGAGGAGAUGCCAGUUUUUGGAGAGCGCAAGCAAUUCAAUGCUGUUGAUCUUGUGGGUUACAAAAGUUCAAUUGUUGGAUUGGGGGAAUGGAUCCAUGGAGUGAACGAGGGAAAUGCGGAGCUUGGAUCUCAGAAAAGCUUGCCUUCAGAAAUCGAGGUUUCGGGCUGUGAGAUGGGAGGUAAUGCUGCUGCUGGUUUGACCGCCAAAGAUCAGAGCUCGAAUGAUUCGUCUCUCCUUAGCCUUCUUCGCACAAUGGAUGAGCAAGAUGACUCCUCAAGCCAUCAGAAUGUGAUCUCCGGGGCCAAGCCCCAACCAGGGCCAAAUCAGCAGAGCAUAAUUGAGAUCGAAGAUGAAGAGGAUGACGAUGAUGAUCAGGUGGGUGUUGGUCAUGUCCCUCCCAACAUUCAAAAUGGACAUUUUGGCCUCAACAAUUAUUUUGUGCAACAGAGGGCAACAGAAGGCUUUCAAAAUGAUCAAACGCUUCCAUCUUUCCUUGCCUGCACACAGCAAAUUAAAGCUUGCAUGGAUGACAACUUCUUGGAUAAGAUGAAGGCUCUCAUGGAUGCUCGAGCUGCUAACCAGCGCAUGAUUAACAUGAUAACACAAAAGGAUUAUAUGAUUGCAGCCACCAAGAGGGACAUACUGGAGGAUCUUGGAGCAAGGCACGUUAUGAUCAGUCAAUUCGAACAUGACAUUGAAUUGAUGCGUCUCACCAUUCAACAAUACCGAAAGUUGUUUGAGAACACUUCUGCUGCAUAUCUAGAGUAUAGGAACAGGAUGUCACGUGAGGAGGGUGAUGGUUCAUCUCUGGAAGUUAUUGGCAUAGCUGAUGAGACGGAGCAAUUUGUUAGGAUGCAGCAACUGGACAUUUAUCAGAGGCUUAAUAAGUUUCAAAAGCUUUGGCUCACGAAAUAUUCAGAUCUUGUUGGGCAUUUGACAAGAGUAGCAGAAUGCAUGACAUACCUCAGUAAUGGACUGCAAAGACUGAAAGAUUCAACAACAAUUCCCGACCUUAACAAUGGCUUGGAAGGCGAAGAAUUGGGCAAAGAAUUGCUGAGUAAGACAAAAGAUGCAGAGCGGGAAGGUGAAGGGGAUCAUUGCAGUAGCGCUGUAGUGAUAGAUGAAUUAGCACAACCUGAUCAGAGGAAUGAUAAGGAGAGCAUGAUUGUCAAUGGAGUUUCUGGAAUCUGCAACGAAGAUGAGGUGUAGCUUCACAGGGCACAAGUUAGACAAGAAUGUUCUGUUGAUGGGUUUAACCUAGAGUCAGUUAAUUGUCUAGGGUUUGGUCAUGUGGGCCUCAACAGUUGCCCUAAUUAAUUACUAUGUUAAAAUGGUUUAGCCGUGGAUAUUGGAUGGUACUGUGACUAUGGUCAACAACUUUGUGCAUGAAUGACUUCUGGCACCUUGCUAUUUUUA